AUGUCUUAAUCUUAGUAGUAGGUUUAGGGUAAAGAAAAAGACAGAGCAGCGUAAGCACUUCCUAUCUUAAACAACUAGCUUGAUAUCAUAGUAUAUCAUGGUGAGUUAGGAUAUCUAUACUCAUAUUCAAAUGUUAGUGCUGAUAAAAAGAUUUCAUUUAUUUAGGAAAACAUUUUAAAGGAUAUUAAAAUUGAAAUACCAAACUAGUUUUUAACAACAAAGACAGGUUACUUGAUCUAACCUGAUGAUGUGCUAGCAGAAAUAGAGCGAGAUAAUGCUCUAGCAUAAACUCAAAGGCUUAUUGACUCUACCAAAUAUAAAAUGUUCCAUAAUAUAUUUGUCUUCAAUGUUAAGCUUUUAAUGGAUAACACUGAAGCUGCGGUGAAUUUCUUUUAGUAAGAGCAAGAGAAUUAGCUAAAGUAAUUUAAUAAGAUAUCUCUUGAUGCCAAAAAACCUUAAAUAAAACUAGAUUCAAAAUAUGCUGAUACUGAUUAUUAAUAUCCUGUAGAGCUAAAUGAUGGCUAAAAGCAACUAGUGCAAUUAAAAAACUAAAAUAUUUUAGAGUUAGAGCAAAAGUUUUACAAAUUUUAUAGUUCUAUUAAGAGAAAGGCUUAUGAGUUCAUUUAGAAAUGGUAGAAGGUAGAGAGAGCUAGCAAAGAAUAUGAAAUUUAAUAUAAAUCUAUUGAAUGCCUUCUCAUGAGGGUCAUAAACGAAUACUAGGUUUCAAAAAAUCUAUCCACAGAGAUGCAUUAAAAAAUUAAAAACUUAAAUGAAGUGGUUUCAAAGUCAGUUUAAAAAUACGAAGAGAGCUUAAAGAUUGGAAAAAAUGUAGAAUUACCUGAUGUCCUCAAAAAGGAUAAUAAAAAGUAUCUGUACGAUAUUUACUAUGACGUUUCCAAAAUGGAUCAGUGGAAAUCUCACUGUAUUAAUCAUUAUGAAAAAAUUAAGAAAACUCAUUCCAAAGAAUAAGAAGAAAUUUCCUCUUUGAAAAGAUAGAUCAAAGACUAACAAGCGACUAUUUAAUAGCUCUCAAAUGAAAAUAUAGAGACAAUAAAAAAAUUUGAUGAUUAAUGCUUAGAAGGAAAGAAUUAUACUUUAACAUCUUUUAAUGGAGUUUAUGAAGAGUAUAAAAAUUUAAGAAAAUGUAUUCAAUACAUAAUAGAUAAUUAACAAGAUGAAUAUACUCUCAAAACAUCAUUAGACAACUGUAUGCUAUAAUGUUAAGAUAAGCUUAAAGACUAAGAAAAAAUAGAAAAGCAAAUAACUUAAUACAUAGAUGCUUUAGGCAAUUAUAUCACUUCAAUAUGGGAAUCAAAAUUCAAAUAAUUCUAAAGAAUGCAGUAAUACUAGUAGAAAUUUACACAAAUUUUGAAUGGACUUAAUACAAUUACUUACGACAAGCUUAAGUCUCUUGAGCCUGAUAUAAGUAGGCUUGAAAAAGAUAUAAGUGAUCUAACAAAACCUUACACAUUUUUUACUAAUUUCAAAGUAAUCUUAAAAGAAGUCAGUCGUCGCAAUGAGUUCAACUCACUUUUAGAUAAUCAAAUAAAGAUAAUUAACAGCAUAAUCAAAAUUGAAUAACAGAAGAGAGUGUCUUUUAUAGCAAAUUAUGGAAAAUGUAUGCCUAAGGACUUUAUACCAGAAUUAAAUAUGAAUGUGAAACCUUAUCCUUAAAAUUAUGAAAAACUACCUAAAAUAGAAAAUGAGCAUGAUGAAAAAGAUAAAUACUUUGAUUUAUUUAAGUAAUUAGAGCUUCCAGAAUACGGUUUAAAACAAGAAGAAAUGAUUGCUGAUCUUAAAAAAGAGUUACAAAUGAAUUUGUUGAAUAAUAAACAUAAGAAAGAUCCCCAUCAAAUUGAAUUAGAAUAUUAAAAUAGUGAGCUUAGAAAUCAGAUUAUGAAAUUAAAGAACGAAAUUGAAAUGUUGAAUUUGAAAAGGAAAGACGAUAAUUCGAAUAUUUAGAUUGACUUAUUAACUAAAAAGAAUACCUUGCUAUAGGAUUAAAUCAACAAAUUGGAAUAAUAAUUAAACUAAGUUAACAAUUCGAAUGAGUACGUCAAAGCUAUUUCCUCGUUACAAAAACAACUAGAUGAAAGAGAUAAAGCUUAUCAAAAUCUUCACUUGUAUUAUCAAAAAGAUAAUAAAGAAAACUAUAUUUCUGCAGCAAACCAAAAUGAUGCCAAUAAUGCUGUCAAUAAAACUGAGGAAGCUAAAAUAAUAGAAAAACUUAAUACUCGUGUUGCUAAUUUGACAGUAUUACUUCAAUAAUCAGCUAAAAUAUCAUUUAAUUAAAUUUUAAGGAAAUAAAAUGACAAGUAGUAAAAACUCUAAGACAAAAUAUUUUAACAAGAAUAGAAGCUGAUAGCAAGCCAAGAAGAAUCUUAGAAAGAAAAGAAUAAAUAUAUUUCAUUCCAUGAAGAAAAAAUAAAAUAAAUAGAGUAAAGAUAUUAUUCAGAAAACAAAAAGGUUUUAAGCUUGCUAGAUUAAACAAAAGAGCAACACAAAGAUGAAAUUAACCUUCUCAACUAAAAAAUAAAAUCUUAAGAGUGUGAUAUGAUUGAAAAAACGAAGUAGCUAAAAAAUGCACAAGAGCAAAUAGCACGCUUAAAUUCUUAGAUCAGCUAGAAGUAAAAAGAAUAUGAAGAGUUAAAUAAGAAGUCUUAAUAGGUCGAGAACAGGCUAAAAACUGAUAAUGCAAAAUAAGUUACUGAGCUGUAAAGUUAAUUAUAGAAAGACUCAGAAAAAUACAAAAAGAGACUGGCUUAGCUAGAAACUGAUUUAGCAAAUAAACAAAGUGUUUUACAGAACUAAACAAAAGAUUUUAAUAAUGUAAAAAGAGAUUUAGAUCUCAAGCAUGAGGAAUAUGAAAAAGUGUAAUAUGAGCUAUAAUAAGUUCAAAAUGAGAGAGAUAGACUCAAAAAAGAUGUCAUGAAUUUGAAGAACAGAAUAGAGAAUCUUGACCAAACUGUUGAAAAGAAUCGCUUAGAAAUUUAAUAACUAAAUAAAUAAAACUAAGCAUUAAAUAAUGAAAAACAAUCAAUUAGUGAGGAUAUUCAAAAAGAUAAGCAGCAAGUUUAAGAUCUUUAAAAGAGGCUAACUUAAAUUUUGGAUUCAGUUAAAUCUUUAGAAAGCGAGAGAUCCAGAUUAUUAAGCCAGAUUGAAAGUUAAAAACUGGAUCUAGACAAGAAAAAAAUAGAAAUUGACAAUUUAAAUAAGUAAGUUUAUGAAUAGUCAAAUGAGAGAGCAUAGCAGUUAGAAAAGCUUAUGGAGAGUUAAAUGAAUGAAAAACUUAAGAUAUCUGCUCUUAACGAAUAGGUCUAAAUCUAUAAAAUUGAAAUUGAUCAGUUUAAAACAAAAAUGCAAAUUUUAGAAGCUGAUAUUCAAGCAAGAGAUGAAAAAAUUAAAAUCCUUAAUAAAAAUAUUGAAACGUAAAAAAUAACAAUAGAUGAGAAUGAUAAAAAAAUAGAAUCUUUGGUCUCUGAGUAAUCUAAAGUAAUAGCUGAAAAUGAAUAAAAAAAUUAACUGAUUACAAAUCUUAACGCUGCUAUCGAGUAAGCUCUGAUAGAAUGUGAGAUAUAAUAAAAGAAUGCUAAUAGUAAAAAAGUAGAAUUAGAAGAAAAGCAAGAAGAGUAUAAGCAUGAAUUAGAAAGACUUUAGAAUGAGAUAAAUGAGCUAGGAAGAAACCUUGCUACAUGCAAAGAGAGAGAAAGGGAAACUAACAACAAGAAUGUAGAAUUAAUUUAACAAAUUGAAGAGGCUAACCAUAAUCUCAAUUAAAAGGAGCAAGAGUUGAAUCAAAUUGUUGAAGAAAUGAACUUAAACAAAAAUCAUAUAAACUCUAAUGAAAUGAGCUUGAAACAACUUAAUUUAGAUUUGAAAGAAAGAGAUGACUAUGUUUCAAAUUUACAAGAUGAAGUAAAAAAUUUAACAUAGUAACUUGAAGAUUUAUAAAGGUAGGACCUGCAAAACUAAUAAGAAAUAGAAAAUUUGAAUUCAUAAAUUAACAAAUUAAAGAAUAACUUAAACAGUAUGGAAGAUAAAAACCAAGAGUUACAAAGUAAAACAAACAAUCUUUUACAGAAUGUAAUUGACUUACAAUCAAGCUUGUAGCAAUUGAGAGUUGAAAAAGAGCUGAUUGAGUAAAAUAACCAGCUCUUAUAGGAGAGUCUUUAAAAGGAAAAGGAAGAAAAAGAAAUUGCUAUCCGCUGCUAGGAUGAAUAGGAAAAAGAGUACGAGAAAUUAAAAAAUAGCACAAUUUGCAUAGAUGCUCAUACAUAAGCUCUCGAUAAACUAGAAAUUAAGAAUGACUAGUAAAAACUAGAAAUCGAAAAAUAAUAAGAAUAGUUAGAAUAAUUUGCUUAACAGCUUAUUACAGCAGAAACAACAAUUUAAAGUUAAAAGAAAUAGCUUGAUGGUCAUAAAAUAAUUUAAGAAAAUUACUUAAAAACUAUUUCUGAGUUAAGCUCAAAAUUAAAUGUUGAAAAGAAAGACAGUGAAUGUUAAUGGGAAGAAGAAUAAGAUGAGAAGAUGAUUUCUCUUUCUACCUAUGAAGCUUAAAAAUUCAGAAAACUCCUUAAAAGUAUAGACCAUAAUAAAAAGAUUCCCAUAAUGUCACAGAAGAAUAUUGAGCAUAUUGACAUAACUUAAGCUUUAAAGAAGACAAGCAUCAUUUAAGAAUCAAUUAAUUUCACAAAACUAGAAGAAGGUACUAAAAUGCUUUUUAUUCCCUCUAGUAACGAUAUAUAUGUUCCAUUAAUUCUCAAGUAAUUAAAUGAUGGAGCUAUAUUCAAUGACUAGAAUACAUCUGCUUCUAGCGCUUCACUUUCAAUCUCAACUUAUAAAAAUAACUACUUCUUAGAUUUCGAUACCCUUGACAAAAAAGUCAAGGAGCUUUUAACUGAGUGCUCAUUGAUUAUGAUUGCAAAUAUAAAGAAUAUAAUUCCAAAAUAAGUAAAUAUUGAUAACAAUCCUUUUGGAUUGAAGGAAAACGAGAGUUAUUUCUUGCUUCAAGUAGAGUAGCCAGAAUACAUAGUAGGUUUAGAAGAUGAAGAUCAUACUAUCAAAAACUAUGCUUGA